AUGUCUUCAUCUUCUACUUCCCCUCACCCCGCUGUCACCGUAAAUUCAAUCAAGAACCUUAUCCCAGUCAUCUUGGACAUCGAAACAGGCCAUUACACAACCUGGUCAGAGAUGUUCAAAAUACAAUGCAAGGCACAUCUGGUAUUCAAUCAUCUUCAACCGAAGUCGACUACGGAAACCGCAUCCUCCUCUGACACGAAUAAAGACAAGGAAAAAGAGAAAGAUACCCCUAUCGAGACAUGGGAGCGUCUUGAUUCCAUUGUUUUACAAUGGAUUUACAGCACAAUCUCCACCGACUUGCUACACACUGUUCUUAAACCCGACACCACGGCUUACAAGGCAUGGACUACCAUUGCCAAUAUCUUCCAAGACAAUAAGGCCACCUGCACAAUCGAUCUCAAUAACAAGUUCGCCAACACCCACCAAGACCAAUUUCCAAAUAUGUCUGCCUAUUGCCAAGCACUCAAGGUGAUUUUCGAUCAGUUAACCAAUCCGGGCUCUCCCGUUACGGAUGAACAGUUUGUCCUACACCUUUAUUCCGGUCUGACUGAACAAUAUGAGAACACUGCAUCGGUUAUACAACAGAUGAAGCCCCUUCCGGACUUUUACGACACCCGCUCACGCUUGUGUAUGGCCGAAUCAAGAAAGCUUAGUCAUGUCCGACACGCAGCCCAGUCGGCUGGUACGGCACUUAAUGCCACCAUUGAACCGCAACAGAAAGACAACCGGGACAGGGCAGACUCACAGGUUGAAGGACUAGGCCGGCGCUUCCAGAUAAUUGAGAGGAAGUUUCUGUUGGUGCACAAUUAUAUGUUGUUUGGUGUUUAUGAGAGGGAGUCAUGUGUUGAUACACAGGUUUUUGAUAUGUGA